UCGUUGACAAAAUGACGAGUGAAAUUCGGAACAAUUGUGUUCCAUUCGUAACUUAGAUGACUCGAAGAGGAGGCUAUGGAAGAAUUCGUCAUAAACGUAAGCGGUAUAAGGAAUGUACUACCUACAACACAGGCAACCAAUUGAAACCUGUGAGUUUCGGUAAACGGGAAACUACGGUUUCAAAGUCUUCGGAUAGUGAAAGUAACAGUUCUGGAAACUCUUUGGACUCCGAUGUAGUUAGGGACUUUGUUGAAAAUUUAGAACUGAACGGAGAAAAUGCCUUGCAAGUAGUGGAUGUGGAGAAAUAUACUGAAAUACAAAGAGACAUAGACCCUUGUCCUGACCUGACUUUGUUCAACUCGUCUAGAAAUGGUAUAAAUUGGGCGAACGAAGACGAGCUAAACAGUUUGUCCAAUCAAGUUGUUCACUUUUCUAAGGAUGUUCCAAGUGAAUGUGAGGUUUCUUCGAACAGUUUUGACUCGGAAGCUUUUCAUCAGAUGACAGAUGAGGAAGCCUUGGAAUAUAUUCAAUAUCUAAAACAAAAGAUUAGAAAGAUUAAACAAAUAUUGAAGACGAGAUCGGAUUUGUAUCCAACGACUGAACAACAAGGAAAAUCUGACUUGGUUGUCUUUGCAAAUAGCAAACCGGAAAGAAAUGUUGCCAAAGACGAUGACGGGUCGACAUAUAGUUUAUCUGAUGAUAAUAGAAAUGCUGAAAAGAGGCGUUCUCGAUGCUUUGCGCAGAACAAGCAGCAGUUGCCGCGGUGGCAUAGAAAGACAUCUUCUUCAAAAGAAAAUAGGGCGAGACGUAAAAAGCAGUCAUUUUAUACUUUAGAAACUAUGGAUGGACUAGAUUGGUCGCAGUUUCCGAUUUCUGGAAACGGUGUCAAAAAACAUCUUCGACGUUUGUAUUCCACAAUGAUAGAUGAUGAGUUCGAAUAUGCUAUGAGUUUGACUUCAGCCAAAAAGAAAAGUAAAAGACGAUUGAACUCUUCUAAACGAAAUUCGGCUCUCCAGUCAUUCCGUCGAAUUCUUAGUUUUCUUCAAAAAGGUACCAGUAAAACAUAUACUUUUCCUGCUAUGAAUCGACACUUGCGCCUUGCUAUACAUAAAUUUGCAGAAGCAUGUGGGAUUCGGAGUAAGAGUCAUGGAAGAGAAGGACAACGUUCAGUAACAAUUUGCCGUGUCUCUUCUUGGAAAUUUCCUCAAGAAGAUACCAUUGAAACCAUUUUGAACGAGGUCGGAUUUGAAGGCGGGUUGAAGGCAAAAAAGAAUAAGAAACAAAAAACGAAAAGAGUCAUAUUUCCGAUGGCGAUUGCAAGUACACAUAGUGCUCGUGGUCGUAAGGAAUUGGAAAGAUCUUUGGCAGUAGACAUUGGUGAAGACAACAUUGGUCAUCGUAUGUUACAAUCAAUGGGUUGGUCCAAGGGCCAAAGUUUGGGACAUCCUAACAGAGAAGAAGCAGGAUUGACUCAACCUGUUCAAGUACGCAUUCGUCCGCCGAGAGCUGGACUGGGAAGUGCAUAAGAGCCAAGGUAAUAAAUUCGAACAGUUGCUCUUGAAAGAAGAUUUUGUUCUUCUUUCAUAGAUGAGUGGAAUCUAUCCUGCUUGUGACAUUGUCAAGUUUAGUUAUAUUAAACUCGUGUUCGAAUUACUGUUCGAGCAAGUCAUGAAUAUUAUAGGAAGGUUUGAGAACAAGAAUGUUUCACAUUAGUAGUUUUCUACAUCAUAUGAGAUGUACUGUACUGCUUAAGAAAGUUCAAUCGUACAAUUUGACUGCUUCAAAACAUUCGGAUUUAUGUGAAGUGGAUAUGUUCUAUUGUAAAAUGUUUUUUCUCCAUAUUCAUAUUUGAGUUGUUUUGAAUUCAAAAUCCUAAGAAAAGCUAUUUAAAUUUC